ACUAUGAACACUCUUCAAAUCAUUGCAGUUUUCUGUUUAGUGCUAGUGACUAUUUCUGAAGCCGAAAUCACCGACAAAGAAAAAGCCUAUGUUCAUCGGUAUUUUGUCGAAUGUGAAGCAAGUUUGAAUAUGUCGUUAGGAGUUAACAUCGAAAAUCGCAUGGAGCAUGGCGAGCAAGUAGUCGGCGAUGCUCAGUUUAAGAAAUUCAUAUUCUGCUUCAUGACAAGAACUGGUUUCGUAAAGCCCGAUGGAUCGUUCAACAAACAGGCAUUCAUUGACGUUCUGAAGGAUGGAUACGAUCCGGCGGCAACAGAUUCCAUGGUUGACAAGUGCUACAAUUAUACGAUCAAGUCCGUGGAGGAGCGAAUUUAUCAGCAAUACAAAUGUAUGUUUGCGAAUCAUUUCUAUUAGUUGAUAA